UUUAUACAAAGGACUAUUCUAUAAUUUACAACUCGUUAUAAUUGGGCAAACUGAUACUUUUAAACCAUGAUUAUCCUCAGUGGAGAUAUAAUGAUCCGCAUGUAGAGGCAGCCAGUCUUCAUUAAACAGCCUGGCGCAUGGGGAGCUGCCUAGAGCUAAACGCUCGCGCGUAAAAUGCAUAGUAAGCAGAAUUGUUGGGAAAUCCACUCAUUUUCUGGCGUCCGCGUUUGUACCGCGCGCAGGGGACGGGGGUAAUCGCGCUUUUCUCUGAAUAAGCUCAAACAAGAUAAGUUUCAAAACCCAACGGCCGCUUAAAUUUCCCUCGGGGGGUAAUUAUGCCGCGCGAGCGGAGGUGACGUCCUAUUACUUUGGUCCCAAAUACGAACAAAUGCCUCUAGAGUGGCAGUUGGGCUAGAGUAAGGAGAGCAACGGACGUUCAAACCGCCGACCCGGUAAGCGGAGAAUCCUGUUAAACUCUGUAACGCUUGAACGGUUGCGCAGAUAAGCGUUGAGAUGUCGAGCUAGGCUACCACAGAGGAAAGAAGGGGGGAAAGUAAUGGUCUGUUAAAGGGAAUUUGUUGACUAGAGGGAGAAUAGGGGAAGAGAGAAAACAAAGACUAUUUUAAGGGCUGCCUGGUUACUGUCUUUCAAUUGGAUUUAGGAGUGAUGAAGGGGUCUUUGGGAUGCGGUGGAAAGGAAGGGAUGUUCUGCAGCGGCUGUUCAGUCACUGAAUCGUAAAAGAGGACAGAACAAUGAGCCUGUAUGGUUAAGACUGGAUAUAUCUGAAGAACAACGCAUCUACUACUGCUGUAAGCUGAACGUUGCGGGAUUUUGCUCACUGCUUCAAAAGGAAUUCAUUGCAUUUGUUUUUUUUUUUCAACGUGGAUCCACUGCACCAUUCAGGUAUUUAAGGUAUGGGAUAUGGACCACACUGCAGCGCCAAAAUGAGAAGUCUGUGGGUCGGUGUUUUGUUCAUGACUUUCACCUGCCAUCUGAGCCUCUCCCAGUCUACUACAGGGACUCCUAAAGAGUCAGAGCUCAAUGAUAACAUCACAGUAUUUACACGAAUCCUGGAUGGAUUGCUGGAUGGCUACGAUAACAGACUGCGACCAGGGCUUGGAGAGAAAGUGACCGAAAUUAAGACCAACAUCUUUGUCACCAGCUUUGGGCCAGUUUCAGAUACUGAGAUGGAAUACACCAUUGAUGUGUUUUUCCGUCAAAGCUGGAAAGAUGAGCGUUUGUGUUUCAAAGGGCCAAUGGAGAUGCUACCUCUGAAUAACCUGCUGGCCAGCAACAUCUGGACACCUGACACCUUUUUCCUUAAUGGCAAAAAAUCCAUUGCUCACAACAUGACAACGCCCAACAAGCUUCUGAGACUGAAGGAUGAUGGGACAUUGCUGUACACCAUGAGAUUGACCAUAUCAGCGGAGUGUCCCAUGCAGUUGGAGGAUUUCCCUAUGGAUGCUCAUGCCUGCCCACUCAAAUUUGGCAGCUAUGCCUACCCUAUCUCAGAAGUUGUGUAUAAGUGGACUAAAGGCCCUGGCAAAUCUGUGGUAGUGGCAGAGGAAGGGUCACGUCUCAACCAAUACCAUUUGAUUGGCCACACGGCUGGUACGGAAGAUAUCAGCACAAGUAGAGGUCAAUACACAGUCAUGAUGGCCCAUUUCUACCUGAAGAGGAAGAUCGGUUACUUUGUGAUUCAGACUUACAUGCCCUGCUUCAUGACUGUCAUUCUGUCCCAAGUCUCAUUCUGGCUCAACCGUGAAUCUGUCCCUGCCAGGACUGUCUUCGGUGUGACCACAGUGUUGACCAUGACCACCCUCAGCAUCAGCGCACGCAACUCUCUUCCCAAAGUGGCGUAUGCCACCGCCAUGGAUUGGUUCAUCGCCGUUUGCUAUGCCUUUGUGUUUUCAGCGCUUAUUGAGUUUGCCACAGUAAACUACUUUACCAAACGCAGCUGGGCAUGGGAUGGAAAGAAGGCAUUGGAGGCCCAGCAGCCUAAAAAAAAAGACCCACUGGCGCUCUCCAAAAAGCCGAACAAUGCCUGCUCAUCUGGAGUUAACUUCACCCCCAACAUCACAAAGGAUGCGGCUAUCUCCACCAUCUCCAACAGCACCACUGUUCAGUUGAAGAGCGCUGAGACCAAGCCCGCAAUGGACCCCAAAAAGACCUACAACAGCGUCAGCAAAAUUGACAAGAUGUCCCGGAUAGUGUUCCCGGUCCUCUUUGGGACUUUUAACUUGGUCUACUGGGCCACAUACCUCAACAGGGAACCGGUGAUUAAAGGUGCCGUUUAACCCACACAAAAUACCCAACGCCACCGCAACAUUCCCUUCACAGCCUCUUUUUCUUCUCCACUUCAGUAUUCAGCAACAUGCUAUCCUCGCUGAAAAUGAUGACGAGCACUCAUUUACUGCACCUCUCACUUCGCUAACCUAUAAGAGGAGUGCUCUUCUUGCAUUUCUUUCCUGAUAUCAUAAAUUGCAUGGGAAUAUAAUUGCCAUAUUUGCCUUGACUUGUUUUAUAU